CCCAUACCAAUGUUUUAACAUAAGAAUAUACUAGAUAACAAUAUAUAUUUCAUAGCAAAGGAAUGGAUGGUUUUCUAGAUUUGCCAAAGUACCAUUUCUAUAAUUUGCAAAGUAAAAUUGAUUGUCUUUACAAAAUUUUUUAUUGGUAGUCCUUGAUCUAUUGGUCUUCCCAUUGUAAUUCUCUGUUAUUAGGGGAUUGUGAACAGACAGUUAAAGAUUUUGAGGUAACCUAAAAAUUUUGGCAUAUAAAUUCUUAGUUUAAUGUAAGAUAGUUUAACAAAAUUUUAACUAUUCAGCUGUCUUUGAAGUUGUAGGGAAUGCAGAAUAAAAAACAUUUUCUUUGGUUAAACAGAUAGGAGUACUUUUUCCAUUUGACUUUUCCCAAUUAGAUUUGCAAAACAAACUUUAUCCUCUUAGAAAAGAUUGAAAUAUGUCUAUUCCCAUGUUCCAGUUGCCACAAAUUCUUGCCUCAAAACUUUCCUUUUCUUAACUAGUGUCUAAACCUUAGUAAAAAAUCCCACCCACAUCUCUUCCUACUUCCAGCCUUGUGUGUUCUUUCCAUUUUCCCAGUAUAAUUACAUUGUUACUGUUUUAAAUUACACUUUUUCCAUUUUGGCUUUUUCCUUGACUCUCUCUCCUGAAAUUUACCUUUUCCUCAGUUUAGCCAAAGGAUAUUCCCUUUUGGUAAAAAGCAGAAUUCCUGUUGAAGCUUUGCUAGAGGGAGUGUAUGUAUAAAUGUCAUUUUAGUCUGCAGUGUGACCAGCACUACAUCAUGAUGAGCAAUGACUUAACAGUAUUUUUGUGAAUUUACAAGGAUGUCAGCUUAAGUACUUUCACAUUCUGCUUUUAAUCCACUGCCAUUUGCAUGGUAAAAACUUUUACUACCAUUGGCUCAUAAAGGUGUUUGUGGGUUUUUAUCUCUCUUCAGCUGCUUUUUUUUCUAAAGUUAUUUCCUGAAAGCCUGGUAUAGAAAGAAGCAUUACCCCGUGCAGGAAGUGCAAAUGGCCUGCUAGAAAUCUUCAUCCUUUUCAAAAACUGAAGAUAAAGCUUGAUCCAGACAAGAGAUUUUUGGGUGCUGCUAACAUUUUCUGAGAUCUGGGGAAAAGGGGUAAUAACAUGACACCAACCCUUAAACAGCAACAUCUGCUGUGGUUCAAAGCCACACAAAGAAAGCUGCUUAAGCAGUAGAAUGCUUUCAGCUACCCAGACAAGUGUGGCUUGACUGCAAAGGCUGCAAAAGUUGAAGAAAAUUCAGUUUAGAGAAAUUGUCGAAAGCUGUUUGAUGGAAAAUGAGUAUCUUUAAAAGGCAGAAAGGUCUCUGGCCUGCAGGCUAUCAAAGAUCUCUAUCAGAACCUACUGCUGGUGCUAUAGGAGGUGGAACUAGUUUUAAAAAUCUUCAGUGGUGCCAUCCAGCAAAAAGUAAGAAGAAGACUUACGAGUACACCGACUCUGAUCUGGGAAAACCACUGGGUGCUUAUAGGUGGCAGACACAUCCCAGUCUUCGGUGGAAAGGGAGCAAAAGAAAGAGAUCACAGAGUCAAAGGAGUGUUCAUGACAAGCCACAGUUCUUUGAGGGCCUCCUGAAAACAGUCCACAACAAUGUUUGUUCUGAUGAUGGUCGUGGAACACCAACAGUGAACCAAGGUGGCGGCACCAGAUCAUUUCGGGUUCCGUUCACCAGAUCACUUUCUGAACCUGCACCCCAUUGCAGUAGCAGACCUUCAAGGUCACUUCUGAAUUCAGGAAGGUCAGAAAAUUCAGAGCAAGAAGGAUAUUUCACUCGUGGUAUUUUUUCUACUCUGUCCAGUGGCUUCUCCCGAAUGCUGAGUCUAAAAGGAGAACCCAGCAGUGAGCCAAUAAAAGAAGAUGUGAAAGGGCCACCCACUCACCGUCUGUCAUGUGGCCAGUCACCCUACACUGAAACAACAACAUGGGAGCGGAAGUAUUGCAUACUCACAGAUAGCCAGUUGGUGUUGCUCAACAAAGAGAAGGAGAUCUCUGUGGAGGGGGGACAGGAGCAACAAAGUGAUUCCACCAAAGGGAGAUGCCUGAGGAGAACUGUGAGUGUCCCUUCUGAGGGUCAGUUUCCUGAAUACCCACCAGAUGGCGCAGCCAAACUGGAGGUGCCAGCAGAAAGGUCCCCACGAAGACGGAGCAUCUCAGGGACCAGCACAUCAGAGAAACCUAACUCCAUGGAUGCUGCAAAUACUUCACCAUUCAAAGUACCAGGAUUCUUUAGCAAGCGCUUGAAAGGCUCCAUAAAGAGGACUAAAAGUCAAUCAAAACUUGACAGGAACACAAGUUUCCGGCUCCCAUCACUUCGCAACACAGAUGACAGGUCUCGUGGAUUGCCCAAGCUAAAAGAGUCUCGUUCCCAUGAAUCUUUGCUCAGCCCAUGUAGUGCUGUAGAAUGUCUGGACCUUGGCAGAGGAGAGCCAGUAUCAGUAAAACCACUGCACAGCAGCAUACUCGGACAAGACUUCUGCUUUGAGGUAACCUACUUGAGUGGAAGUAAAUGUUUCAGCUGUAAUUCAGCUUCAGAGAGAGACAAGUGGAUGGAAAAUCUACGCCGAACAGUCCAACCCAAUAAGGACAAUUGUAGAAGGGCUGAGAAUGUUUUACGGUUGUGGAUUAUUGAAGCCAAGGACCUGGCCCCCAAGAAGAAGUAUUUUUGUGAGCUGUGCCUUGAUGAUACCCUUUUUGCUCGUACAACUAGCAAGACCAAAGCAGACAAUAUUUUCUGGGGUGAACAUUUUGAAUUUUACAGUCUUCCCCCCCUCCAUAGCAUCACAGUUCACAUUUAUAAGGACAUGGAAAAAAAGAAGAAAAAGGACAAGAAUAACUAUGUAGGACUUGUCAACAUUCCCACAGCUAGUGUAACUGGCCGCCAGUUUGUGGAGAAAUGGUACCCGGUGAGCACGCCCACACCCAACAAAGGGAAGACCGGAGGCCCGUCUAUUCGGAUUAAGUCACGUUUCCAGACCAUCACCAUUCUACCUAUGGAGCAGUACAAAGAAUUUGCCGAAUUCGUCACCAGCAACUACACCAUGCUGUGCUCUGUCUUAGAGCCUGUGAUUAGUGUGCGGAACAAAGAAGAGCUGGCUUGUGCCUUAGUGCACAUUCUUCAGAGCACUGGCAGGGCCAGGGAUUUUCUGACAGACCUGGUGAUGUCUGAAGUGGAUCGUUGUGGAGAGCACGAUGUAUUAAUCUUCAGGGAGAACACAAUCGCCACCAAAUCCAUUGAGGAGUAUCUGAAGCUAGUAGGACAGCAGUAUCUCCAUGAUGCGCUUGGGGAGUUCAUCAAGGCUCUGUAUGAGUCAGAUGAGAAUUGUGAAGUAGAUCCCAGCAAAUGUUCAUCCAGUGAAUUGUUUGACCACCAAAGCAACCUGAAAAUGUGCUGUGAGCUGGCUUUUUGCAAAAUCAUCAACUCUUACUGCGUUUUCCCCCGUGAAUUGAAAGAAGUGUUUGCAUCUUGGAAGCAACAGUGCCUGAACAGAGGCAAGCAAGAUAUCAGUGAGCGUCUGAUCAGUGCCUCGCUGUUCCUCCGUUUCUUGUGCCCAGCUAUCAUGUCCCCCAGCCUUUUCAGCCUUAUGCAGGAAUAUCCUGAUGACCGGACAUCUAGGACUUUGACACUCAUUGCCAAGGUUAUUCAGAACCUUGCAAAUUUUGCCAAGUUUGGUAACAAAGAGGAAUACAUGGCUUUCAUGAAUGAUUUCUUAGAACAUGAGUGGAGUGGAAUGAAGCGCUUUCUUCUGGAAAUUUCUAACCCAGACACCAUCUCAAAUACCCCUGGCUUUGAUGGCUACAUUGAUCUGGGCAGAGAGCUUUCUGUUUUGCAUUCCUUAUUGUGGGAAGUUGUUUCCCAACUUGAUAAGGGUGAAAAUUCCUUCCUACAGGCAACUGUGGCAAAAUUGGGACCACUCCCUCGUGUUCUUGCUGAUAUUACCAAGUCUCUCACUAAUCCUACACCAAUACAGCAGCAAUUGAGACGUUUCACUGAACAUAACUCCAGCCCAAAUGUCAGUGGCAGUCUCUCCUCGGGGCUGCAGAAGAUAUUUGAGGACCCCACUGACAGUGAAUUGCACAAGUUAAAAUCUCCAACCCAGGAAAACACAGAUAGCUAUUUUAGAGGUAAAACAUUACUGUUGGUUCAGCAAGCAUCCUCCCAAAGCAUGACUUAUUCUGAAAAAGAUGAAAAGGAAAAUGGACUUCCUAAUGGAAGGAGCAUUUCACUUAUGGAUCUUCAGGACCCCCAUGCUGCUCAAAUGGACCAUACAUCCAUCAUGCUGGAUGUGCCCAUGCGGUUGACCGGCAGCCAGCUUUCCAUCACCCAAGUGGCCAGUAUCAAACAACUCCGAGAGACACAGAGUACCCCACAGAGUGCUCCCCAAGUAAGGAGACCUUUGCAUCCUGCCUUGAGCCAGCCAGGCAGCCUCCAACCCCUGUCCUUCCAAAACCCAGUGUAUCACCUCAACAACCCCACCCCAUCCAUGCCAAAGGCCUCUGUGGAUUCCAGUUUGGAGAAUUUAAGCACUGCCAGCUCCAGAAGCCAAAGUAAUAGUGAAGAUUUCAAACUCAGUGGACCCAGCAACAGUAGCCUGGAAGACUUCGCCAAACGCAGUACCCAGAGUGAAGACUUUUCUAGGCGGCACACGGGGCCUGAUAGACACAUACCUCUUGCACUUCCACGGCAAAAUAGUACUGGGCAAGCACAGAUCCGCAAAAUGGACCAGGCCGGGCUGGGCGCCCGAGCCAAAGGCCCUCACUCCCUGCCCCACAGCGCUUCCUUACGGAGCACGGGAAGCAUGUCAGUAGCCUCGGCUGCCUUAGUGGCUGAACCUGUGCAGAAUGGGAGCAGGUCCCGGCAGCAGUCCUCCUCCUCCAGAGAAAGUCCCGUCCCCAAAGUGAGAGCGAUCCAGCGGCAGCAAACACAGCCGGUUCAGUCACCUGUAGAUUCUGCCACAAUGUCUCCAGUGGAGAGAACAGCAGCCUGGGUUCUAAAUAAUGGGCAGUAUGAAGAAGAUGAAGAUGACACUGAGCAAAAUCAAGAUGAUGUCAAACAUGCAGAGAAGUAUGAGCAGGAAAUCGCCAAGUUGAAAGAGCGCCUGAAAGUGUCGAGCCGAAGACUGGAGGAAUAUGAGCGGCGGCUCCUGGUGCAGGAACAGCAAAUGCAGAAGCUGCUGAUGGAGUACAAAGCCAGGCUGGAGGACAGUGAGGAACGUCUCCGCAGGCAGCAGGAAGAGAAGGAGAGCCAGAUGAAGAGCAUCAUUAGCAGGCUAAUGGCUGUAGAAGAGGAGUUGAAGAAAGAUCACGCUGAGAUGCAGGCAGUUAUUGAUGCAAAGCAGAAAAUAAUUGAUGCACAGGUCAUAAAUGGGGAUAAGAUUAUUCAGACAGGAAAAGCGGAUCGUGUCCCUGGAUUCAGCCAAUACACGGCUGAUGAGUGCCCUAACCCAGGUGAAGGAACGCUACAGCAUGCAGGUCCGCAAUGGCAUCUCUCCCACCAACCCCACCAAGCUUUCCAUCACGGAGAAUGGUGAAUUCAAAAACAGCAGCUGCUAACCAGCCCUCCUGAAGAGACAGUUGAGAAUGAAAAAAAAAAUCGUAUUGGAAAAUACAACCUAUCCCCUUAUCCCCAGCCCUUCAUCCUGCCCUCCAGGUUUACAGAAUGCUGCUAAAUUGGAAUGGCAACAUAAAGGAACUAUUGAGUGGUGAAAGAAACCAUCUCCUUCAGGGCAUAAUACUAAGACUAUAGAGUUAAUGCUCUUUUCCCAUAUUUCUUUGUACAUAAGGAAUUCAAUUCUGGGCCAUGUACAGAAAAUGCCACUGUAAUAUACCCAAAGGAAGUUAAUAAUGUAGAUUACCUUUUUAAUUAUUGCUAUUUUUAUUAUUGUUGUUUUUCUCUUGUUAAAAGCACUGCAGUUGGUAGAGAAGGAAAAAUAGGAACUAUAUGUGAGUGAGGAAAUGAGUUUAUGGGUUUAAUAGAAAGAAACUAUUUCUGACUGAUAUAAGCCCUUGAAGUGCAACAGCAGAUUGGCAGAAUUAACUUUUCAAAGGAUUAUUCUGCUAGUUUGAAAACCAUUUUUGAUCCCUUGAUCUCUUUACAAACAAAAAAACACAGCAAGAUCCAAUCAAAAAAAUUCUAUACCAUUGGUCAGCUAAGACUGGAUCUGAUGAAAGAGCCUUUGGCAUCCACUAUUGCAAGAACAGAGGCCAAAAGUUACUGAAGCAUCAUUGGACUUUGGGGAUAAUGUCUAGAUUCCUGUUAGUUAAUGUAUUUCCUUCUCUCUAUGACAGAUUUUCUCUUUAGUAGACAAAAGAGAAUAUCCAGUUUUAAAUAGGGGAUUUUUUUCACCCCAAUUGUAAUAAAGGGUAUUUUUUUCCUUUUUAGAGUUUACAGAACUGUAAAUAUUUGUCUCUAAAUACCAUCCUGCAUCUUUGUACACUUCAAUGUCCUCUCCUCACCCAUAAUGGGAGCAAUCAUACCAAAAAGGAUUUAUUCUCCAUUAUCAAAAGUCAUCCAAAUCUCUUAUCCACAUUCCAUCUGGGAAAAAAACAAGCAGAUUUAUUGUUUCUGCCCUCUUUCCUCUUCCCCCAAAAAGGGCUAACUAGACAACAUUAAGACCCUAUAUAAUUUCUGGUUUUCAAAUAUAUCAUAAAUGUUUUUCUGUUUUUAAAAAUCACUAUGUUCAUUUAGAUUUAGUUUCUUAUCUAUCGAAGUAACAAAUUGGUUUUAUCCAAAUUAUUUCGUCUUCCUCACGUUGCCCCCAGUCAAAUUUGGAACUGAGUCCAAAUCAGAAUUCCCACACUUGGUAAAAUGAAGUCUUCUCUUCUCCCAAAAGGAAACUGAAUCAGGAGAUGGGGGCGAUAAGUUGUUUGUACACAGAAGUCUUCAUCUUCGGAGGAGUAGUUAAAUCUCAUAAUAACAUGCUAUGGAGACCCAGUUUCAACAUUUUUCAGCCAUGGCUUUCCUAUAUGAAAUAGUCUGUUACAAUCACAUGAACUAUUUAUUUCCUUUGUUCAGGAGGUGUGAAAAGUUAUCUUGGGUGAAUCUUUCCUUAACAAAAGUACAGAAUUUUACGCAUUAAACAGUUAUCAUACAUAUAUAGUUGCACAAGUAUACAUAUAACUAUGCACAAAUAGGAAACAGUCAAACCUUCUAUACCGUCAAAUACAGUAAGGUCAAAGUGUCUUUGCUAUCUUUAGCCAGGUCUUAGCAGUAAUUUUGGUUGUGGGAGAGAAAUGUCUAAUAUAAGUAACAAUAAUGUUUGAUUCAAAAUAUAAUUUUUUUAAAAAAUAACAAGCCUAAAGGACCAACCACGUGCCUGAAGUAAGCAUCCAUGGAUGGUGGUAGUAGUUUUUUCUUCAGCAUCAGAAUAAACAAGAGGAGAAAAGGAAGUCGUUUAUGAUACAACCUUGGUUGAUAGACCAGCCUAGUCACAUUUACCUUCCAACCCCACAUUCUUUUUCUCUUCAGCUUUGUUCUCUAUCAGGUCAGUAUUUUGCAACCCUCUGAACUUUCUUAUAUCUGUGCUUCUGAGUGAUCUUCCCCCCUUCCUUAUACUCCCUUCACCAACUCCUAAUGCCACAGAACAGAUCUAAAGUAAGAGCUUCUUUCUAUAUUGGCUUGCCCACAACCCCCAUAUUUUAAGAGUUUGAGAAAUCCAUGUAUUACCAGAUGUUACUUCAUCCCCUGUUUUACAUAUGCUCCCUUAGAAUAUAUUUCUUAUGUCUUUCUCCUUCAUAUUGAAAGUACUGACCUGAUUCUGGUAGUUUUGUUUGAGAAGCUUCAAAAAUACUGCUUCUUUAAAAAUGCCCAAUUUUGUGUGAAUUCAAAAUACCAAUACCUUAUCCUCCUUACAUAGCUAUUCUCAUCUCUAGCAAAAUUAAUUCUAUGCGCAGCUGUAUACCAUAGAAAACUUGGUAAAUGGAUUGUCUGUUUUAAUGGUUUUAAGUAUGUUCUGUGGGUGAUCUCUAGAAUUGAGAUCCAAAAACUAGUGUGUCCGACUACAGAUGAUGUCUUGAAAGCUUGUAAGUUUACCUUUUUUGGAUAUAAGCUUUUGGGUGAGUGCUGUAUACGUAAGGUGAUGGAUCAGACUAAAUGUCAAGUGUUAGCUUUAUGUUAUUCCACUGAAGGUUUUGAUGUGAUCAAAUCCUGUGAUUAAAUAUCUAAACCUCAUGGGAAUAUAUUAGCCCUUUGCAUAAGAAACACUUAGUAUGUGGAAGGAGAAAAGGAGAGAAACAGUACAGAUGUUUUGGGGUCCAAGUUAGCAGAAUUAUAAGUAAAUUAAGUAGCUAUUGUUUUCAAAGAUGUUGACAAUAUUAUAUUUAAAUUUAGUUUUAUCCAUUUAAAAAUUUAGAUUAUUUAAAUAAAUUUAAAUUAUUUAAAUUAUCCCUUUAUAACCUUUUCAGCCAAAUCUUUUAUUCUGAGUAUUUCUAUCAAGUAUACUACCCAUUCACCAUUUGAUCAGUAGGCUCAAAAGAAAAGAGCUACAGGAAGGUAACAGUAUCUGCUCUUGUGAUUGUUAUUUAAUAUUUAUGAGUUUUCCAUUUCCAACUCUGUUAGAUAAUAUGAUAGAGAACACAACAUAAAGGUAAAUGACCCUGCUUCAGUGCAUUGAUGAACCCAAAUCCAUACAACAACCCUUUUUCCUUCUACAAGGGAGACUUUUGUGGUGGAGCUAAUUGGUAAGUUCCGUUAAAUGUCAUGCUCCUUGCUCCUCCUGACUUACCUGUUGUUAGGUAUAAAAUAGUCUUUGUUUGAAUAGGAUGUGGAAUUCUGCAAAGUGCCUAUGUAGGUGAUCCCAGGUUAUGGGCAGUAGUAAAGACAGUUGAAUGAAUGUUGCUAUGAUUCAGGAAAAGAGCCUCAUGUUUCAUAUUCCUAUCACAGGAUCAAUGAUCAAGCCUGUUAGGUCUGGUCUUCAAAUGAGUUAAAAUUCCAUCAACUCAUAAUGUUCCCUGAGUCUCAGCAAUAAAAAUUGUGAGGGGAAAAAGAUUUGACUAGGGGCCAGUUUCUUGCAGCAAGUUAAAUGUAGCAUAGAGUUUUUUCUGUAGCAUUAGGUCUGUUUGCUUAAGUACUCUAGGUAGUCCAGAUCAACUUUCUGUUGAGCUUUUUAUUCCUUUUACUGAUAGUGGAUUGUCCUCCCUCUCUUGAAAGGAAGAAGUAAAAUACCAUAUCUUGGACUGCUAUCUAAAGCUAUGAAGCAUUAAUUAUAUGCUCUUGAAUACAAUCUUAAUUCUAGAAGUAAAGGUUUUCAGAUCUGUGACUACCUCUCUCUAGUCUUGUCAUUAAAUCCCACUGCCUUUGUCACUCUGUCAUUUCCUUGAGCUUAAUCAGAGUUUCAGGAAACUGCUGCAGGGGAAAAUCAGCAUUAUUUGGCUCAAUUUCCACCCCAAUCUACAUUGAGAUUAUCUUCUGGCCUUGGCCCUUUAGAGGCCAAUCCUUCUACAAAAUUUAGGGAAUUAGAUCAUUUUAAGAGCCCACAUCAGACCCAUCAGGCAUAUACCAGAAUAGACCUAGACACACCAGUAUGAACCAUUAACCUGAACCCUCUCACUAGCUCAGACCUUCUGUCCCAGAACCCAUGCCACAGGCUAAAUAAUUCUUAUUCUCUGCCCUUUUGGAAGUACUUUGUGUGGGCAUAGUUUUUGAAGAGUAUGUAUGGACGGCAACUUGCCACAAUUAAAAGAAAUUUCUCUUCAACCCCUUCCCAUUUUAUCAUCCCUCUCUCCAUACACACACACUGAAAGCCAAUCAUUUAAUUUUCAGAAUGUCAUUUUCAGAACAAUGGCAAGUAUCUAUUUUAA